AUGGAUGGAGUCGGGGCCGGGAUGGAUGGAGUCGGGGCCCGGGAUGAUGGAGUCGGGCCGGGGAUGGAUGGAGUCGGGGCCGGGAUGGAUGGGAGUCGGGGCGGGGGGAUGGAGUCGGGCCGGGGAUGGAUGGAGUCGGGGCCGGGGAUGGAUGGAGUCGGGCGGGGAUGGAUGGAGGUCGGGGCCGGGGGAUGGAUGGCAGUCGGGGCCGGGGAUGGAUGGAGUCGGGGCCGGGGAUGGAUGGAGUCGGGGCGGGAUGCAUGGAGUCGGGGCGGGGAUGGAUGGAGUCGGGGCGGAGAUGGAGGGUCGGGGCCGGGAUGGAUGGAGUCCGGGCCGGGGAUGGAUGGAGUCGGGGCCGGCGAGGAUGGAGUCGGCCGGGGAUGGAUGGAGUCGCGGCCGGGGAUGGAUGGAGUCGGGGCCGGGAGGAUGGAGUCGGGGCCGGGGAUGGAGUCGCGGGCCGGGGAUGGAGUCGGGGACGAGUCGGGGCCGGGGAGGGUCGGGGACGGAGUCGGGGCGGGGAGGAGUCCGGGGACGGAGUCGGGCGGGGACGGAGUCGGGGCCGGGGACGGAGUCGGGGCCGGGAGGAUGGAGUCCGGGCCGGGGAUGGAUGGAGUCAGGGCCGGGAUGGAGGAGUCAGGGCCGGGGAUGGAUGGAGGUCAGGGCGGGGAUGGAUGGAGUCAGGCCGGGGAUGGAUGGAGUCAGGGCCGGGGGAUGGAUGGAGUCAGGGCGGGGAUGGAUGGAGUCAGGGCCGGGGAGUGGAUGGAGUCAGGGCCGGGAUGGAUGGAGUCAGGGCGCGGGAUGGAUGGAGUCAGGGCCGGGAUGAUGGAGUCAGGGCCGGGAUGGAUGGAGUCAGGGCCGGGGAUGCGAUGGAUCAGGGCCGGGAUGGAUGGAGUCAGGGCCGGGAUGGAUGGAGUCCGGGCCGGGGAUGGAUGA